AUGAGGUCAUUCUCUACAAUACUGGAAGCAUUGGCACAUCGUGCCUUGGAAACGCCUGAAAAGAAUGUGUUCACAUGGGUCGACAUCAAAUGUAAGGAACAAAACAAGCUGUCGUUCAAAGAGUUGGAGGACCAAUCCAAUGCCAUAGCUGCUCGUCUCCUCAAGCUUGGAUGCCAAAAAGGAGACCGUGUCAUGAUCUCCUAUCCCUUUGGCCUUGAGUUCUUGGCUGGCAUGAUUGGAGCCAUGAAGAUCGGGGUUAUCCCCUGCUCCAUCUAUCCACCCAAUCCCAACCAGCUCAAAACCGAUAUGCCAAAAUUCCGUGGAUUUGCCGAGGAUGCUGGAGCCAAGUAUGCCCUAUCCACCUUUGCCUUUGCCACUGCCAUGACUGCAUCCAGCAUCAUCUACAAGACUGGAGUGAAGUGGAUUGGGACCGACAAACUGCCGAUCAAGAAACACAACCCCAAGAUGCUCAAAGAUUAUGAGACCUUUAUGGGAGAACCAGACAAAGUCUGCUUUAUCCAGUACACGUCGGGCAGUACUGGUUGCCCCAAAGGAGUCAUGAUCAGUCACAAAAACAGAAAAUUGCAUUGCUAUUUCUGCCAUGUCUGGUACAUGGGACUUGUGGCUGGCUUCAUGACUACCCUCUAUGCUGGAACUUCCCUUGUCAUGGCAUCACCACUGGAUUUUGUGGCCAAUCCUCUACUCUGGAGUGAUAUGGUAGAGACCUACAAGGCCACCCUUACUUGUGCCCCAAACUUUGCAUAUGCCUUGCUCCUCAAACGAGUAGAGCAGGCCAAUCGGACUGCCGACUGGAGCUGUGUAAAGCGUGCCAUGUUUGGGGGGGAACCUGCCCAGAGCCAUGUUGUGGAAGCAGCAGCAAAAGCCCUUUCAAUGAAACCUGAGCAUGUCUACAACAUUUAUGGCCUUGCUGAGUCUGUGGUGUUUCUCACUGGAGGCUCUGCCUACCUGAACUCUGAGGGGCUUGUCUGCUGUGGCGAAGUUGACUCCCCAACCCUCAAACUUCGAAUUGUCCAGGAUGGCAAAGAGGUUGAGGAUGGACAUGUUGGGAGUAUCUGGGCCCAGUCACCUAGAGUAGCAGCUGGCUACUAUGGCCAGUCUGAGCUAACCACUGCAACUUUUGCCAAUGCAUUGCCCAGCUAUGAUGGAAGCUGGCUUGAUACUGGUGACUUGGGCAAGAUUGUGGAUGGACAGCUCUAUGUUACUGGAAGAGUCAAAGAUGUCAUCAUUGUGAAUGGGAAAAACUACUAUCCAACUGACGUGGAGCUCUCUAUUGAUGAUAUCUUUGGUGAUGUUAUCCGUCCAGGCAGGACCACUGCCUUUCAGCAUGGAGAGGACAGUGUCGGUAUCACAGUCGAAGGCCGCAAGGACUUUGACAAGUCAGGAAAUGAAGAUUUGGCUGUACAGAUAUCCAAUCAUGUAUCUCAGGUGCAUGGGCUUCUUGUCUCUGAUGUUGUUGUUCUGAAGUUGGGUGUAACACCAAAGACCACCUCUGGCAAGCUGAAGAGAAGUGAGAUCCGACAGACAACUAUUUCUGGUGACUGGAAGGAGUCUUCUAUACUCCUUCGCUUCCAGCGGAAGGAAGUUGUUACUCCAUUUGACGUUGGCAGUGUACCCGAGCUUGGGCUUCCUAACAUUGACCUUAGCCAAACAUAUGCCCUCCCCAGCAAAGCUGUUGAAGCUGUUCAUGCUGUAGAGUGCAACCCCAGCAAGUUGGAGGAGUAUUUCUCUGAGCUUCACCUUUCUGGGGUCUCUGGCAUUGAUGAAGCUUGGUCCAAAUCCAUCAAGACAACAGCUGCAUUGCAAGCCAUGUGCUCCCAAAUCCUGAAGCAUCUUGAGGACAAGCACCCAGCCAUCUGCCAGCUUGCUCACAGUCUUGUUGUGAAUCCAGACUGGAUCUUGAUUGAUGACAGGACCAGUUUCCUUUCUCAACUUGUGCAUCAAAUCUUCGUUCUGGAAUGGGUGACAACCUUCAUGAUGGACAAACCAGAGUGCAUGCAACAGAAGCUGAAAGAUGAUGCCACAUGGGAGGCUCAGAGCCAGAAUGUUCAGGCAGUUCCAGUAGAACUACAAGAGAUGCUUGAUAUCCCAGACAAAGACCCAAUGUAUGGGAAGUGGCCAUUCUUCCUUUGGAUAAAGAAUAGGUCAGUGCUUGCACUACUGAACCUUGUCCUAAAAACUUUGGGCUCAGCUGAAGGCCCAACCAUAAAUGCACAGGUUGGAAGAAUCAAUAACCUCCUGUGUUUAAACAUGUUAGAGGCCAUUUGGGUGGAGCAAAAACAUGGACACAAGGAAAACUCAGAAGUCGGUAAGAGACUGGCUACAAAUCUUGUAAAGACAGCCACAACCGAAUCCAAGAAGGUUUUGAUGGAACAUGUAUCCAAUACAAGUGCUAUGAAUAAUCUCUACAUUGAUUGGCAAAUGCAUAUUGUGGCCUGGGUUGGAGACAGAAAUUCUUCCACAUGGUUCUUGUCCAAAUUGCUACUACCCAGCAUUGUGGGAGAUGUCAAUGCGCAUUUCUUCUAUGCAAGGUUAAUUAGUCUGCACCUGACUACACAGGCCAUGGGCAGGAAGGUGAUGUUGAAAAAGUUUCGUAAUGAGCCACUUUUAUCAAGAAGAGCACUGCAUUAUUUUGGAAAGCUGAACCUCUCCUGUGCAGAAAAGUUUGGGUACACCCCACUGGCACCAGAGAGUGAUCAUCAGCUUGCUCUUGAUGAAGACUACUGGCUAUCCAAGUUUGACAAAUGGGGGUUGGCAAACCUUCCAGCAAAGGCGAUAAGCACUGGAGACCCCAGGCUGUAUGAUACUGCAGCUGCAGGAGCUGUUGGCCCAGAAGACUUCUCCACCAGAUAUGCCAACACCAUCACAGCUGUCUUUGGGCAUGAAGUUGACAUAUCAAAAUCAUGGGCUGAGAAUGGACUCACAUCUCUCAAGAGUGCUGAGCUGAGGAACAGAGUGGAAGAGGAGCUGCUUGUGGUCCUUCCAGCAAACUUUGAACAGCUCUACCCAACACCAAGUGAACUAUUUGUCUUCUUGAAAGCAUCAGGGGGCAAAGGCUUUCCAAAGCAAGACAUGGACAAUCACCCAGCCAUUGUUGCAAACCCACCAAGAGUCACAAUAAGCAAGCUACAACUUGGAUUGAUGCAGUUCGUUGGCUCAAUCAUGGUGCUUUUUUUGAUUUUGAUCUCCAUUGUGCCCUCCUACUUCCUUGCCUCCUGGGUAAUGGAUCAAUGCAGCUCAGCUGAAAGUGGGAAAUGUUGGAGUCCAAUUGUUUGGAUGAUAAUGCCAUUGAUCUUCCCUCUGUAUAUCCUUUCCUUCUCGCUGGAUGUGGCCUUCGUCAAGUUUGUCGUCAUUGGGGUAUAUCAGCAAAGACAAAUGGAGCUCCUAUCAUGGGACUACAUCCGAUGGUGGUUCAUGGACCGACUAAUUGAGGUCUGGGAGUCAAUUGCAGGACAGUUUGUUCUUGAGACAAAGUUCAUUUGGGUCUUCUACUGGCUCCUUGGAGCAGACCUGGCAUGGUCAGCCAAGAUUGAAGCAUACAUCCGCGAGUUUGACCUAGUAGAGGUGGGCAGCAAUGCCACAGUUGGGUACCCCAUUAGGUGCAGGAAGUUUUCUCUCUCAACAGGAUCAAUCCCCAGGAUAACAUUUCACCCCAUCAUUAUUGGGAAAGACAGUCAGGUGUCUGGGAUGGUGAGUCUUGGUGCUGUCAUUGGUGAUGGUAGCAAGGUGGAGAAACUGUCUGUUGUGGAAGAAGGAGCUAUAGUUCCUGAUGGUGUGCUUGCAAAAGGAAACCCAGCACGUCAUGGUGGAUCAGUUGAUCAUUCCAGAUCAGAGAUUUGGAAAGAGAACCUUCUGGAAUUGUUCAAGAUUCUGUGGAUGCUUUCAGAAACCUAUCAUUUUUUCACACUGUCUUACUUGGUCCAUAUCACGCUCAUUCAAAUCAUGCCCACAUGGCGAUAUGAGAUCAUCCUGCACUGGCUCCUUCUUUUUCUUGCCUCCUCCUUCCUUGCCCUCCUCACAAGCAUUCCACUCAAGUGGCUUUUGAUUGGUAAACGGGAUCCAUGCGAUGAGUACGGUGGUUCACUUUAUCGGCAAGCAACCAAUUGGGCAUGUGACUUCCACUUCCGUGUAGCUUCUUGGCCUCUUACUCCAUUCUUUGGUCAAACAAGGCUCUGGCACAUCAUCCUUUUCCUCCAUGGCCUUGAUGUGGAUAUAGAAUCUUGCAUCAGCAACCCAUACAGGAUCUUCCUCCCGUCCAAAGUUGACUUUGUCAAGAUCCACAAAUCAUUUGUUGCUACCAGCAACAUGGAUUUAAGUAAGCGAGGAAGGGGCAAGAUUGAGAUUAUCAGCAGCAGCAUUGGUUACAAUGCGAAUCUUCGCGCAGGAGUCAAGAUCAUGCAAUCCACAAUCCCACCAAGAUCUGAUGUCUCAGAUAGCAUCUAUGAUUUAAACCAGUCCCGCAAGGCUUUCAAGUCUCGGUUCAUCAUGGAUUUGGUCCUACCUGAGGUUUUGCAAAUUCUGCUCAAUGUGAUCCUUUUUCUUUGUUUUAUACCUUCUUUUGAGAUUGGCCUUCUUGCUGUAAACAGCGGUUCAGUUGGCAUAACCUCAUGUGGUCUAGCUGCAGCCAUUGUUCUUCAAUUGUUUAUGUGGAUUCUCUUGGCACGAGCUCUUGAAACAAUCAUGUUGAUUCCAAGAAGACAUGCCCGACUCACUGGUCCAUUUGGUAUCUACAUCAACCAUGUUUGGCAAUUCCGAAAUGGAAACUGGGUGGAGAUGCUUCUGUAUGGCACACCAAUGUUUGGCUACUAUGCUAGGAUGAUGGGUGCUGAAGUUGAUGGUGACCUCUGGUACUAUGGAAACUCUAUCUAUGAAUUCACCAAGCUCCACUUUCAUGGUGGUACGAUUGUGGAUGAUUCCCAUGUUAGUGGUCACUACAUUGAUGGCAAUGGGCUGACUUUGAAGGACACAUUUGUGUCAGGGGUGAUGCAUCCAGGAUGCUACGCCUCUGCUGGAUCAGUGGUCCCUGGAGAAGAGAAUGGUCCAUGGAAAGUCUUCUUGAACACUGGUGCUGAUAUUGGCUGGCCAAGCUUUGUGACUUGUGAUGACGAGCCUGUUGAUUCGGCCGUUUAGCAACUUGUAAGAAUGACAUCUACUUUAGAUUAGUGCAGAGUCAACAUGUUCUUUGGACGGUUAUACCUUUGGACUAGAC